AUGAACAAGGGAAAAGCUGCAAAGACAAAGGUGAAAAACAAAGCACCCGCAGAGGUGCAAAUCACCGCUGAACAGUUGCUCCGUGAAGCUAAAGAGCGUGAGCUGGAAAUUGUCGCACCACCACCGAAGCAAAAGAUAUCCGAUCCCGAUGAACUUGCUGACUAUCAACUGCGAAAGCGAAAAGCAUUUGAAGAUGGCAUCCGAAAGAGCCGAACCUCAUUCGCCAACUGGGUCAAAUACGCCAAGUGGGAGGAAAGUCAACAGGAGAUUCAACGCGCUCGGUCCAUCUAUGAGCGUGCACUUGACGUCGACUACAGAAAUAUCAAAAUAUGGCUCAAGUAUUCGCAGAUGGAGAUGCGGAAUCGACAGAUCAAUCACGCCAGAAAUGUACUCGACAGGGCAGUGCUCAUAUUGCCACGAGUUAACCAAUUUUGGUACAAGUACAUCUACAUGGAAGAGAUGCUCAACAACAUUCCCGGCUGUCGUCAGGUGUUUGAGCGGUGGAUGGACUGGGAACCUAAUGAACAGGCUUGGUUCACUUACAUUAAAUUUGAACUGAGAUACGAUGAAAUUGACCGAGCCAGAGCAAUCUACUCGCGAUUUGUCACUGUUCAUCCCGAAGUCAGGAAUUGGAUCAAAUUCGCCCAUUUUGAAGAGCAGCAUGGCUUUAUUGAAAACGCACGAGAUGUGUAUGAAAAAGCUAUUGAAUUUUUUGGCGACGACCACCUUGAUGAGCGACUCUUUAUGUCAUUUGCUAAGUUUGAAGAGAAUCAGCAUGAAUAUGACAGAGUCCGCGUCAUCUACAAGUACGCUUUGGAGAAGUUGAGCGUCGAGGAUCGCCAGGAGCUCUUCAAACAGUAUUCACUCUACGAAAAGAAACACGGCAAUCGCUUUGAGAUUGAAGAUGUCAUUUUCAGCAAGCGAAAAGCCAAAUACGAGAGUGAACUGAAAGCCAAUUCUCAUGACUAUGACGUAUGGUUCGACUACAUUCGUCUAAUGGAAAAUGAAGGCGACAUUGAUAAGACACGUGAUGUGUACGAGCGGGCUGUUUCAAACGUGCCGCUGGGAAAAGAAAAGCGCCUUUGGAGACGAUACAUCUAUCUUUGGGUCUACUACGCCGUUUUUGAGGAGCUCACUACUAAAGAUUAUGACCGAACGCGUGAAGUUUACAAUUUCAUGCUGAAACUGAUCCCUCACAAGAGCUUCACUUUCGCGAAACUCUGGGUCAUGGCGGCAAAAUUUGAAGUACGCCAGAAAAAUCUCACUGCAGCUCGAAAGUUAUUCGGCACUGCCAUUGGCCUUUGCCCCAAGGAGAAACUUUUCAAAGAGUACAUUGAAUUUGAAAUUCAAUUACGAGAAUUCGAUCGGUGCCGCAUCAUCUACCAAAAGUAUCUCGAGUAUGCGCCACAAAACUGCAUGGCCUGGAUGAAGUUCGCCGAGCUGGAAAAUAUUCUCGGCGAAGUGGAGCGAGGCAGGUCCAUUUUCGAAAUUGCCAUUGACCAGCCACGAUUGGACAUGCCUGAACUUAUCUGGAAAGCAUAUAUUGACUUUGAAAUUGAACUAGAAAACUUUGACAAGGCGCGAUUGCUCUAUGAAAGACUGCUGGAGCGAACCGAACACGUCAAGGUUUGGAUCAGUUUCGCUCGUUUCGAGCUGAUCGCCAACAAAGAGGACGCGCAGUUUGGCAUUCAACAAGCGCGCAGUGUGUUUGAGCGAGCAAACAAGGCGCUGAAGGACUGCGUUGAAAAGGAAUCUCGACUGAUGCUACUGGAAGCGUGGCUAGAGUUUGAGGUUGAGCAGGGUGACGAGAAGUCACUGGCCGCAGUGAGAAAGCAGAUGCCAAAGAAGGUGAAGAAGCGCAGAAAGAUCAAAACAGACGAUGGCUCAGAUGCUGGCUGGGAGGAGUACUUUGAUUACAUCUUCCCCGACAAGGAAGCACAGCCUCAUCUCAAGUUUUUGGAAGCCGCCAAAAUGUGGAAGCAGAAGAAGGAAAUGGGCACAGCCACUGCUGGACCGUCGACGAGUGGCAGCGCUGAUUGA